AUGCUUAAGUCCAUUACAGAAUUGUACGAUCAAGAAUUGUCAAAAUUUGUUCAAUCUAAUCAAAAUUUAGACAGCAAAUCAAAUAUUACUUAUAAUGUAGUUCUGUUGAUGACCAAUAAAAGGGUUUUUUUAGAAGUGAUAUCAAGUAGCGUUGCCAACCUUCAUAAAAACAUCUGAAAAUUACUAGAAGUCAUAACAUCAGCCCUAGUAUAGGCUAAUAUGAAGUCUCAUACAAAGGUCUUGAUUCUCAUAGAUAUCAAGUCAAUUUUGGUAGCCCUAGAAAUGUACUAAGAUCUACAGAUGAGAUGCCAAGAACUUUCAGGACAGGUCCUUUAAACAAUCAAUUGAAAUAGCAUUCUAUAAAGGGAGGAACUGAUUUUGAAAAAUAAGUUAGUAGAGAAUAGAUGUAUUUGAUCAGAGGUUGGUUAAAAUUUGAUAAGAGUAUGCGUGCACCAAAAAGAUCUUUGGAGGAAAAAUUGCGUUAACUUGAAGUUGGUUAAGAAGCUUUACUUAAAUUUCCAUCUAUAGAUGUAAAGGAAAAUCCAUUAUUAUAAAUGAAAGUUUCUCAUUUACCUUAUGAUUAUGAAAAAAUGAGAUAAAUUAGCAGAUAAUACCUGUAUAUAUUUUAAUUCUUAUUCAAGACAAAAAUAUCAUAUUAAAGAAUCAGCAUUAAGAUUCUAUAGUCCAUGA